GUGGAGACCGGUCACACUAUUCAUAAAGUGGGCUUCAAUUCAAUUCUUUCAGUUCACGGAACUGCUUUACUUUAAAUAAUCACUGUGAAUUUGGCAGACAGGAAGGUCAGCUGCUCAUCACUAGAGGAUAGCCUUCUUCAGACACAGCUUUCCCUGCAUCAGAAGAACAUACUGCAGUCUGGGUGUGUUAUAGUUGUCUAUUGUGACAAAAACGCACAAUUUAAAAAUGAAGGGCAGCUCAGAAGAUAUUUCCACGGAUGUAGUGCAGCUGAAAAGGGAGAUGUCACUUCUCCAUGCAGUGAGCAUGGUUAUUGGGAACACCAUUGGAGCAGGAAUAUUUGUUUCAACAAAGGGAGUCCUUAUGUACAGCGGUUCUUAUGGAUUGUCACUCAUUAUCUGGGUGCUGGGAGGAAUAUUUUCAGUAAUUGGAUCGCUCUGCUAUGCUGAACUGGGAACAACAAUUACUAAGUCAGGCGGAAGUUACAUAUAUUUAAAGGAAUCAUUUGGAGGAUUUGUGGCCUUUUUAUAUCUAUGGAGCUCCAUGCUAAUAAUCUCUCCUGCCAGUGAAGCUAUUCUGGCUGUGACAUUUUCCCAGUACCUCACUCAGCCAUUCUUCCCAACAUGUACUCCUCCUCAGUCUGCAGUGUUCCUACUUUCUGCGGUAUGUGUGGUAUUGUUAACAGCAGUGAAUUGUGCAAAAGUGAAAUGGGGAGCCUGGCUUCAAGUAUUGUCCACAUUUGGCAAAGUCUUAGCUUUGGUUAUCAUCAUCAUCACAGGAAUUGUACGACUGUGCCAAGGUAGCACAUAUUAUUUGGAAAACUCAUUUGAAGGAUCAGUGACAAAUCUAGGCUCAUUAACUAUGGCUUUCUAUGCGGCGCUGUAUUCAUUUUCCGGCUGGGACUGUAUUAAUUAUGUAACAGAAGAAAUGAAGAACGUUAAGAGAAAUUUGCCAUUAUCAAUGGUGAUCUCUAUGCCACUGGUUACAGUAAUCUAUGUCAUGACAAACAUUGCAUACUACACAGAAUUAGACAUGGACACCAUUAUGGGCAGCAGUGCGGUGGCUGUGAUAUUUGCAGAAAGAGUCCUGGGAUAUAUAAAGUGGUUAAUCCCAAUAGCAGUGGCUAUAUCGUGUUGUGGUGGAUUAAAUUCGGUAGUCAUUUCUGGGUCCAGAUUGUUCUUUGUAGCAUCAAGAGAAGGACAGCUUCCUGAUUGUUUGUGUAUGAUUCACAUUCAUAGAUACACUCCUAUCCCUGCAUUACUUUUUAACGGGUUUAUGGCUCUUAUAUACCUUUGUGUGGAGGACGUCUUUCAGCUCAUUGAUUAUUUCAGUUUUAGUUACUGGUUUUUCCAAGGCUUGACAGUUGGAAGCCAAAUUUAUUUAAGAGUAAAGAGGCCAGAUAUACCUAGACCUGUAAAGCUGAGCUUGUUUUUCCCAGUGGUAUACUGUAUAUGCAGCGUGCUUCUGGUAGCCGUCCCGCUCUACAGCGAUCUUGUGGAUUCACUAGUUGGAGUUGCUGUUGUUCUUUCUGGGGCCCCUGUAUACUACCUGUGUAUCCACCUUUCUUCUGAAAAACAGCCAGUAUUUCUUCAGAAAUUCCUAGGUUUCAUUUCUUUGUACACACAGAAGAUAUGUAUGUGCUGUGCUGCCCAGUCAACAGAAGAAGGAGAGAAGUAUGAAUAGGCAAAUGCUGAAGGUGCCUAAUGACCAGAGGUGUAACUAGAACCUUCAGGGCUCUGGUGCAAAAAAAACAUAAAGGGACAUACUGACCCCUCCCCUCCACCUUCCAUCCAAAACCCCGGGCUUCCAGUUUUGGGAGGGCAUCCAUGGACAUCCCAUCCUCCCAGAAACCUGCUUUCAACAUGCCCAUUGGUGUAUGCAUCCAGCAAAUUAUGUGACUGCUUGUGUCCUUCAGACACUGCUGAUCACAGAUCACGGCAAAGGGCCAAUCACAACAGCCCUUUACCAUGUGAUCAGCCAAUCACUUGUAAAAAGACUUACUGGUUAUCGGCAGUCCUUUCCUCCCAUGCUGUGUCUGUGUGAGGAAAGGAGAGCCAUAAACCGGCAAGACUGUCAGUACAUUGUUUACACUAAUAAUCAGGGCACUGAUCAUCAAUGCAGCCCCAUCAGUGCCCAUCAUUGAUGUCUAUCAGUGCUCAUCAAUGCUGCCUUUUAGUGCCUAUCAGGGCAGCCUUUAAGUGAUGCCUAUCAGUGCCCAUCAGUGCAGCAUAUCAGUGCUGCCUAUCAGUGCUCAUCAAUGCCACCUAUCAGU